GGUUGCGUAAGUGGACGAUGUCACAUUCAAGGAGGCGUGGUGAACCGUUUGUUUCAAGGGAUUUGUGAGUCACACCCCUAGAAUAAUGCGCUGUAAAUUGUGAUGGACGCACGCCAUGGCGCUGACAUUCGUGCAUAACAAAUAAGUGGGGUAUUUUAAAAGGGAUUUCCCUCCUUUGCACCGAAUAAAACACCGAUUGUAUGGACCACCACGAGCAAGCUCCUUCAGAGAAAGUGUAUACACAGUGGGUACACGAGUGCCCGGAUGUUCAAUUUGGACAGGCGUGACAUCGGUGCAAUGAAAAAGAACCAGCAGCGCAUUGAAAUGAUUCUGGAUUCGAAGAAGAUUGCCUAUGAGAAGAUUGACAUUGCUUCCAACGAGGAGGGAAAGAAUAAGAUGAGAGAGCUGAUAGGAGACGAGCAUGCCCUGCCUCCACAGCUGUUCAACGAUGACACGUACCUUGGAGACUUUGCUGCAUUUGACAACGCGGUCGAGGGAGAGAGCCUGGAGGCAUUCCUGAAAAUUUAAACAUCCCGCAACAGACAGCCUAGAUAUCAAAGCUUUUUGCUCAGGUACCACGUGGUAGUAUCACCAGUGCAUAGCCUUAUUAGGUGGAUCACGACAUGGUAAACCAUUAGAAAAACAAAGAAGUUGAUCAGAAUCUUUGGAAAACUGUUUGUUACAGAAUCCAAACCUGAAGAGUCAAAUAAAAAUAAGCAAGGUUUGGCAUUUUAAAGUUUAAAAACAUGUAAUGAGCUUAUCUUUUCAUUUGUAGAAGCACGUAGUUACUGUACUUGUGUCAAGGGAUUAUUACUUUAAAGCCUGUUUCAUAGUGCUGGUUCACCUCACGGUGAGGACAUAUGGGUCAUUGUAUAAACAUGGGGACCAAAAAGUGACGUUUUUGGUGUCCCAGUUACACCUGACGUGUGCAGUUUGGCACGGAAGUAUCUUUGAAAUUGACUUCUAACUAUAUUUAGUUAAACAAGUUAGUUUGUUUGGCCGGAAAUUUGCAUUACUUAAUCACCGAUACAGAUGAGAGAAUUGUUCUAAACUUCGAAAAUCGUAUGUCAGACGUAACAGGAACAUGAAGAUAAUGAGACCCAAAUUUAUGGAAUUACCCAUAUGCACUCCAUAUGAUGCUGAACGUGAACUUCACUUCUGGAACCUUUGCACCAUUAGCCAAUUUCAUAAGAUCUGCUUGGUUCUAAAAAUAUGUGCUCAGCAAACACGGUUUCCCAGCCCAUCUGAUGCGCAAUCUGCCAGGUGUAAAGCUGAUGUUUGCCAUACACAAAGAAACUCACAAGCAGUUUCUUGUGUUCAGCAAGUUCUGGCGACUCAUUGAAAUUGGAGCAUGAAUACUACACUCUAGGUUUGUGAUAAGGCCAUGUGGUAUAUGUAAGUUAUAUAUGGCUAUGCUGUUAUAUUGGGGCCCAGUUUCGUGCAAGACUAUUUUCUUUGCAUAACCAAUUUUGACAGUACAAGAAAGUCAUGUAGUCAAAAUGACAGAGCCAUGGCCUAAAUAACUGGUUGCGGCUAAAGGUGACAUGUGUACCCAUGGGAAAGGGCUGUAGCCACUUGCCAAAUGUUUCCUUGACACUAGUGUCAUGUCAAAGCACAGUCUUGACCUUGGAGCAUGGUCUUAGUCAGUUUACUCACUCAAACGAACAGGAUGUUAUGCAAACUUCAUUGAGUUGAAAAACAUUCCACCCUCAGUGACUUUCAACGUUUUUAGAAUAGGUGUAAACUUCAUAGGACCAGCAAACACUGGUUCUCAGAAAAAAUAAUGUGUGACUGUCAAUGAAAUUAUUUGCAAAUCCAGCCUUGGGAACCAAGAAAAAUUGGCAAAAUGUUCUCCAUUUUUGGGGACAGAAAAUUAGCGAACAAUGGAAAGGGUGCGCCACCUUGGUUCAAUUAGCCAAUUCUCUUCAUUGAGUGUCAUAUUAAUGAAUUGGUGUUGUCUUACAGCUUACCCUCUAAAUAAUGACUACCAGGAUCUAGUUAUACUUGCUACUUGUUGUUGCAUGCACAUUUUCUUUGCAUGUGAAUAUGAAGUAGUGAAUCCUACCUGUCUGUCAAAAAAAAACACACUUGGAAAUAAGCCGUUUGUCAAACUUAACGUAUUAAAGAACAAUUUAUUUUCAAAAUGUGGAAUGUCAUGUAUUGCUAGCUAUUUACAGUUUGUGAGGUAUUAUGACGCUUUUUACGCGGUUAAUAUUUGGUUAGUAAUUCCUUUGGCACUCAGUUAAUAGGUUGCAGUUUUUCAAAGUAGAAAAACAGACUAUGGUACAUGUAUGAACUAUCUAUAUUUCAUAAUUAGUUCAGUUAGUAAACUGGACCAACUCGGGAACACCAAAGUCGAAAAAAAAUUAUGAAAACCGAAUUAAAUUUGAAUAUAUUGUGGAUGUAUGAAUGAGUUUUUGUUUAAGUUUGUGCAUUCCUAUAUUCCAAUUACAUUUCAACCACAUUACCAUAAUUUUCGUCAGGAAAAUGUUUGUCAUAGAUUCGCCUUAAAAAGGAACUCACUAGAUAAUUAGGUCAUUGGCUUUAAUAAAAGAUGUUUGUUUUUUUGUCGUCUUUUUACAUUCUCUUGAAGAAAUAAAAAUUUUGGGUGAAAAAUUUGUCUGACUCCGUCAGGUUAACUGUGCUUUAGUGAUUAGCCGUUUACACUGAGCAAACAUUUCAUAAUAACGGCAAUUUUGCAACGAACUGAACUAAAUCCACCUCAAUCCCAUCGCUAUCCAAUGACAUGGACAUACUCUGUCCUCUGUAAUAAAAUUGGGAUAUCAAACCCGUAUUGCCGGAGAUUUACCUUUCUAAAUCAUUUGGAAUCAAGCAAAACCAUGCCAAUGUUGGAUGGAUUUGGGUUAGAUUUGGAGAAUCUAGCUUAAUCUAACCGUUGAAAAACUCAGUGUAGUUUUUGUUUGGUGUAUUUAACGAUAGCACUAGUUGUAUUUGUUUCCACAUUUUUGUAUCCACGUCUGUUAUGGAAAUAAAGAAUAUUAUUGGCAAUAAGUCUGUUGAAUAUGA